ACAUUAGAGAUGGAAACUGGAAUCCGGCUAGCUGUGGUCCUCCUACUGACCAUCAGUAUCUGGACAAUCCACAGCCAAGCCAACGACAGUGGUUCCUCCGCGGGAACCACCUUGGGCGUCUUGUUCGAGCGGGCUCCCGAGUCGGCGGUGGCUCCCAAGGGCGACGAGGUGGUCUUCGAGUGCGAACUGAAUCUCAAGCCGGAUCGCCUGGAGUGGCGGUUCAGACGCAGUGGCUCCGAGCCCGAACCGUAUAGAUAUUUGAGGCCCUCGGCGGGCUACAAUGUGACGAGCGCCAACGAGGGUCUGGCCUGGAGACUGCGGAUCUAUGUGAGUGCCCAGACGGCAGGUGACUACCAGUGCGUGGCCUGGUAUGGUCCCGGUGCCGUGGCCUCCACGCCCGCCCGUCUGGCCCUUGUCUCGAUCGCCCUGGACGGUGGUGGCGGUCAGGUGGGAUCAGGCCCUCGAGGCUCCAUACGCUGGAGUGUGGCGCCCAAGAACUGCCUGCUCAUCCGCUGUGGCAGCGUGGUAUCCAAUCCCCCGGCCAUCUGGAGUUUCUACCGGAAUGGCAAGAAGCUGCCGCAGUCGGAGUUGCUUCCCGGAGCGGCGGGAGCGUUGGUUCUGGACACGGUCACCGCCAAGGAUGCGGGCAACUACUCGUGCGUGGCCACAAAUUCUAUAACAGGCGAUGAGCUAAGGCUGCCGCAGACCAUUGAACUGAGGGUGGACUACACGGACCGGACGCCGCCGUACUUCCUGCAACGUCCGCCCACCGAGUACUCGGCUCGUCCCGGGGAGACAGUGGUGCUCGAGUGUCCUGGCGUCGGAUCUCCGCGGCCCCGAGUCAUCUGGAGUAGUCCCAAUGUGGUGGGGAUCUACAAUAACAGGAGCAAGAUUCUGCCCUACGGCCUCCAGAUCACCGACCUGAAGCCCGAGGAUCAGGGAUCCUACAUCUGCAUGCUGGACAAUGGCAUUGCGCCGCCCAUAGAUCACACCAUCAAGCUGAGUGUCCUGCAGCGUCCCACGAUUCUGAGAGGUCCUGCUGCCACGCUGAUCAACGAGAGUAAUCCCCUGGUGUUGGAGUGCUCCGCCUCGGGGAAUCCGCAGCCGGAUAUCUACUGGCUCAUCAACGGCGAGGAGGCCACCCAGGAUCCGGAGGCCGUGGUGGAUAACCGGAGUCUGCAGCUGAGGAGGGUGCAGAAGCGCCAUGCCGGAGUGGUUCAGUGCUUCGCGAAGAACAUUCUGGGCGAGACCAGCAAGGGCAACAUUCUGCGCGUGAAUCCCCUGGAAAUCACUGGCGAGGAUGAGGAACCACUUGGCGGAGUUCCCAUGUGGCCGGUUCAUGAGUCUAACGGUGGAAUGGGAUCCUCGUCGACGCCAUCUGGUGGUUCCAAAAACAAGGGAGGCCGGAGGAAGUACAAAGCCAGCAUGGUGCCUCCGUCAAAGCCCAAUGUCACCCGCCUGUCGGACGAGUCCGUGAUGCUCCGCUGGAGCGUUCCGCAGAACUCGGGACUGCAGAUCACCUUCUUCAAGGUGCAGUACCGUCGUCUGGGCGACGGGAAGAAUCGGCGGGAGAACUGGCAGACAACCAGUGAUAAUAUCCCCUAUGGAAAUAGCUACGGAUCGGGAUCCGGAUCGGGAAGCAAUAACCACUGGCGACAGCGCAACAGGGACAGGGACUACGAGAUGGGCAAUCCGCCCAAGAACUUCACCUCCUCGGUCACCGGACUGACUGCCGGGAAGUACUAUCGCUUCCGGAUCGUGGCGGUCUAUUCGAACAACGACAACAAGGAGGGCAACACCUCGGUCAAGUUCUUCCUGCAAAGCGGAGCGGCCAGGUCGAAUCUGCCGGUUCCCGAGCUCCGCGAGGUGGAGCCGCUGUCCGAGGCCACCGUGGUGCUCCACUGGUCGCUGAUGGCCUCUGAAAAGAGUGAGGAUAUCGAUGGCUAUUAUGCCUACUACAGACCCGCCGAUUCGGCGGCGGAAUAUCUAAAGGCCACCGUGGACGGGGGAAGAAGCAGGAGCUUCAAGAUAGAUCUCCUGCGACCCGGAACCGCCUACGAGUUCAAGCUGCAGUCGUUCAAUUCCGACGCAGCCUCCGAGUUCAGUGCGAUAAGACAGGCGAGGACCAAAAAAACCACUGAUCAAAGUGCUUCCUCUGCUUCAUCCACCCCACUGCCUGGCCAUAAAUCAGCGGAUCAGCAGCCGAACUCCAUGUAUCCAGUGAUUGCAGGAGCUGCCGGCGGGGGACUGCUGCUCCUCGUCGCCUCCUUGAUGGUCUGCAUGUGUCUCAGGCGACGGGAGAACCAACAACCAGAGGAUGAGAACAAACCGCAAUUGGAGCACAUCCAAGCGGACUUUGUGACCUCCGCCGUUCUGGGAGUGGGUGGCCAUCACAAGAGCGGCGAUGUGAGGCGUUUGAACGGAGUGAUUCCCCGGAUGAACAUCACCCCCAAUCCGCUGGCCCAGGAAACGGCCUCCGAUAAGACGAAUGGCCUGCAUCAUGCGCAGCCGUAUCAUCCGCCCGGAACGCCCACGCUGAUGCACAAGCGACUGGACCACUACCACCAGCAGCAGGCGCCUCCGGUGCCUCCGCACUCCGCCUACUACCAGCAGGCGCCCACCCACAGCCACGCCCACCAGCCGUCGCCCAUGAUGGAGCGCAGUGCUCGGGGUCACCAGCAGCAGCAUCAUUUAGAGGACAACGGCACGCCCACGCCCUCGAGGAUUCCCUCGCUGAGGCGCCAGCGAAGAACCUCGGGCAGCCAGCCGGUGCACAACAGCCACAGCAAUCUCAACCUGAACCUGAGCCACCACAACAACAAUAACCUGCCAUCGCACCACCAGCAUCUGCACCACCACCCAGGUCACCCUGGUCAUCCGAAUGGCCUGGUCGGGAUACCCAUUGUGCCGGGCAGUCCGCGGGUCCAGAGAUCUCCGAUGCCCAGCAGGGCGAUGAUCAAGAGGACGCGACUGGGCAGCCACACGGACAACAUCUCCUCGGGCAGCCUGAACAGUAUUGAGGUGUGAUUGAGGAUGAUUGGAGUAUCAAGAGCAUCGGAAGCGAAAACAGUUCCCCUACAGACAAACAGA